UGUCCGUCCUGAAAUUUGAUUCAGAAGUUCAGGAUCCUGGAAGACAAAAAGCAAACGGAGGGGGAGGGAAGAAAGGCACAGAAGGACGGAGGGUUUCUCUUUUAACUGCGAGAGAAGAGUAAACACCAAAAUACUCUGCAAUCUCUGACGAAAGCUGUGUGACUAUGAGCACCUCGGGGCUUCAGGCCACUAACCGGCAGAACGUGAAGGAGCUCGACAGCAUGAAGGAGUCCAUCAGCGACAUCAUCAACCAGCUCCAGGAUAUCGACCCGGCCAGGCUCUCCUUCUCCCCCUUCCUGGACCUGGACACUCAGAUCUCCUUGGCCCCGGUGUCUGACAGCCCCGAGUCCUCGGUGGAGGAGCUGCACUCGUCCUCCCACUCCGUCUCCGGCUCCCAGCGCUCUCUGGAGCCGCCACCAGCAACCGAUCAGCCAAAGAGCUCAGCUCCUCGCCACCAGCAGCCCAGCGUCCGCCUCCCAGAGGAGCCUCGGGUCGAUCAGACGGAGGAGGGGGAGCUGGAUCAAACUGUUUCCAGUCCCAUCAUCACGCCGCACAAUUUGGACGCCACCACGGAAAACUGCAUCGGCCCUCCAACCCCGGCCUCUCAGGGAGACAUUCCCAACGGCACAGACACGCCGAGAUGGAGUCCAGAGUCCACCAAUCUGGACUGUACUGCCGAUGAAGGUCGGCCUCUGAUAGGCCCGCCGCCAGAGAGCGUGGAGCUGGCCGUGUGGAGCUCCGAGGGCCCUGGAGAGACUUGUGCAGCCGCAGAGGAGGCUUCAGAUCGAGGACGAUGCUGCUGCCGCUGCUGCCAGUGUAAAUGCUGCCAGAGCGGCCGAGUUCCUGCUUUCUUCUCAGUCCUGGCGUCUCUUCUGUGUGCAGCCGGGAUCCUCUAUGCACUCUAUUUCUAUGUCCCCAUUAAGCCCCCUGACUGCCCCGACAUAAGCAGCCGCAUCGUUUUCACCUUCUGCUGCUGCGUGGUGGCUGCCCUUCCCAUCCUGCUCGCGAUGCUUGUGGGUGCAGCGUGUCAGUUCUGCACCGGCUCCUUCAAUCUGCAGGAGCCAGUCCCCAGAAGAAGUGCGCUUCAGCAGCAGUUUGUUACGUCGUCCUUGGAACAGUUGCUCCUCUACGUCCUCAACCUUGUCGUUAUGGCCGCUUUACUGCCUCAGGACCAGCUGAAGUUGGUGCCUAUACUGGUUGCAAUGUUCAUCUUUGGAAGACUUGUUUACUGGGUCAGCCUGAACAUGUGCAGCUCCUGGCGAGGCUUCGGCUCCGGCCUGACCGUCUUCCCGCUCCUCGCCAUGGUGGCUCUCAAUCUGUUCCUCAUGUACAUCCUCAAUCUCAAAGAGCCACUUUUUGGCUCUCAGGACGUCCUCUAUAAUCAGGUCACCCCCUCUUCCUGGUCAGAGGAGACAUCACAGAGCCCGAGUGGCAAACCAGACAUCUUACCCACAGACAUCCUGGACGCUCAGUGAGGAGGCGAGCUGCGCUUUCUUCUCUAAGAGGAGGAGAUCUAUCCAAAAAUAGGCCAUUCCUGUGGUCUGCAGUUCAGCACAGCUACACAUGCUGCCACUUUAACCUCCAACUCUGUGACGGCUUAACUUGUGAUUUUGCUCCUCCUAUACACAACCUUUUUUAUGUGGAUUCAUGCUUAUUAUCUGAAUUGCGAGAGCUUUGCCCGCUAGUGGCCAGGGAUGCCUUUGAACAAUACUGUAGUCAUAAAGCAUUUGUCCUUUUAAGCUAUUCCGGUGCCUGUAUUUAAUGUUUUGAACUCCAAGUACUUAAAAGCUCUGAUAUAUAUAU